UUUGGAGUUUUCUUUCCCUCCAUGGCGGUGAGAGGAAUUUGUAUUCGUCAAUUUCGUUCGUUAAUUGAUUCAAUCCCUAACCAAAACCACAUUUCGGGGUUGAUGAUGAUAACGAUAGUUAAGAGUAAGAGAAGAGAAGAUGCCGAUCGAAAUGCCGAAGGGACUACCUUUCUCGGUGGACACAUGGAGUCCAUCAUCGAAGAGUACUAAGAGGCACCAUUUCCUCACACAUGCCCACAAAGACCAUUCCUCUUCCAUCACUUCCCAUUCUUCUUUCCCAAUUUACUCUACACUUCUCACCAAAACCCUAAUCCUUCAACAAUUCCCCCAGCUUGAUGCUUCCUUGUUUCUGGGAAUUGAGGUUGGUCAAUCCUUGAUCAUCGAUGAUCCUGCUGGGGACUUCACUGUCACCGCUUUCGACGCCAAUCACUGCCCUGGUAUUUUUUCAUUAGUUAUAAUUUAUUUCAAUGAAUUAUUCAAUUUUUGGGCUGUGAUGUUCUUGUUUGAAGGCAAAUUUGGUGACAUUCUGCACACAGGAGAUUGCAGGCUCACUCCUGAGUGUCUGAACAACUUACCUUAUAAGUUUGUUGGGAAGAAGGGAAAAAAGCCACGCUGUCCUCUUGAUUGUGUUUUCUUGGAUUGUACUUUUGGUAAUUUCUCUCAGGGGAUGCCUAGCAAGCAAUCCUCUAUUCAACAGGUUGUUAAUUGUAUAUGGAAGCAUCCUGAUGCAUCAACAGUGUAUCUAACCUGCGAUGUGCUGGGUCAGGAAGAGAUCCUUGUUAAUGUGUCCCAAACAUUUGGAUCCAAGGUAUAUGUUGAUAAAGCCAAAAAUCUAGAAUGUUACAAGAACCUAGCACUUACCGUGCCUGAAAUCCUUUGUGAAGAUCCAUCUUCUCGUUUCCAUUUGUUUGAUGGAUCUCCAAGACUAUAUGAAAGAGCACAAGCGAAGCUGGUUGAGGCCAAGGCAACUCUCCAACCUCAGCCUCUCAUUGUCCGUCCUUCUGCACAGUGGUAUGCUUGUGAAGAAGAGUUCUCAGAUAUUAAAAACACUAGAAAAAAGAGGAUGAAUGAAGCAAUUAAGGAUCCGUUUGGUGUUUGGCAUGUCUGUUACUCAAUGCACUCAUCCAAGGAAGAAUUGGAAUGGGCACUUCAACUUCUUGCACCUAGGUGGGUUGUUUCAACAACCCCUAGCAGCUGCAGGGCUAUGGAGCUGGAUUAUGUUAAGAAACACUGUUUUAACACUAAAUUAGCACUCAAUAACUCUAUGUGGAAGCUUCUGGAUAUGACUGCGGAAACUUCUGAUGAUGUUGAUGCAUUGGUCAAAUCUGUAAGCUGUUAUCCUGUGCUUGAAGGUACCCCUCAGUCUUGUGCACAAACUAAAUCACCAGUCAAACAGUCCACGGACGCUAAAGCAACAGAAGAAUUGUCUCUUCCAGGCAAAAGCUUUCCUGUCACAUUAUUUGGAAGAGCAAGGCUCAGUCUCCAAGAUGUUGGUUUUUCUCGAGGAGGGUGUAAUAUUUUGCCUGUUGAUGUCCCUCCUCAAACGGUUUCGAGUGAUGGGCGACAAGAAUUCUUGGACUUCGUGGAGGAUACUGAAGUGAAAUGCGAGAGGUCACCCGAAGGAAAGGAAGAUUUACAUAUAGUGAAGAAGUAUCAGCAAUCUGAGGUUCAGGAAGACACAAGAGUUCAUAAGAGUGCCUCUUAUUUAAAUGUUGGAUCUUCAGGUUUGAGUGAAAGUGUCAGAAAGUUGUACAGGUCAAUGAAUGUUCCUGUGCCGCAACCUCUUCCUUCCUUAGUGGAUCUUAUGAAUUCCAAUAAACGUGCCAAGAGGGGAUUUGAUUAUUAAUCUUGCUUUUCUUCAGUUAGAUUUGAUUCUUAAGAUUUUACAAGAAUUUAUUUUACCUUACUCUUUUUCAAACUACCAUCUAUGUUGCAAGAGUAUUUGACAAGCAGCAGCAAUGUGGAAGGGAAGAAUUUGCAGAAGCACUGUAGAAGUGUUGCCAACUGUAACAAGUUAUAGUCGUUCUUUUCUCUUUGAAUAAGAGAUGCAUCAAAAGAUGCUUCAUACGAAGGAAUUAGAAUGUUGAAGAGCUCUAUGGUAUUAUGGCAAUUCAAAUAAUUGUUUCUAAAGUACUGCAUAUAAACACCAGGUUGAGGCCUGACAGAGCAGCGAAGUCAAAUGGCAAGCUUUAAAAGCCAUAGAAGCGGUCCGUAGCUAAACUCAGCAUUGUUGUAUUUCUGCUUUCUUUCUUGAUUAACUGUCGCAUGGUUCAGGUGCUUCAAUGAAUCAAUUGUGCAAUUUGAGUGAAGAGAUUCAUUCUACUGUUUUGACAUGGACAAUAAGCUGUAUUGCAGCA